AAUAUAAUUCCUUACUCAACACCGAAACCUUUCCCAAUUUAAUUUGAUCUCUAACUAGGGUUUUUUCUUAUUUAUAUAAUUCCAGAUUCCUUACUCAACACCGAAAACUUUCCCAAUUCAAUUUGAUCUCUUUUUCUGAAUACUAGGGUUUUCUCUUAUUUAUACAAUUCCUUACUCUUUUUUUUCUCUUGAAAACAAAUCGCUGGUUGUGCUUUCCUUUCAUCGUGAGGUCAAUCUGCUGGCUGUACUUGACAAGGACAAAAAAAAAUGUCUGCUACAGGAAGAGCGGGAUACGAAUACAAUUAUGAGUUCUCGGUGGAUGAUGAAAUCGUCCUGCGCUAUAAUUACACACUUGUCCCAGGAAAAAAGACCUUCCUCUUUGAGAUUAGAACCAUCUUCAUCUUGAAGAAAACGGACGGAGUAGAUGAGAUCAUGGGCUCGGAGAGAUGCUUUGCGGAAAUAAGUGUAAACGGCGAACAAGAAGCCGAACUGCUUUUCGGUUUUAAUUGGCUGGCUAGUUACCGACUGAAGGAGUACUGGAUGACCGAAGAGGAUAUCGCUAGAUUCGACCAAGACGCUAUCGAUUUCACCAAAGAAAUAGAGGCGGACCCCGGGCGUGCCCACCGGAGAACAGUUCCUAUAGGCAUUUACCUAAAAGUUUGCACGGUGCAGCAAGAAGGCGAGGAGGUGGGGCCCGCGUUGGAGAGGGUGAUUAGGGCGGAAAAGUUGAUACCGUUGUACGUGUAUCCGUUGCAGAUGGGGUUGGAAAACGGGCCGCCUCCCGCUAUUCCGUUGGGCGAUAUGUUUCGAGUAUUUUUGUGGGAGCUAGAGAGGACUAGAGUGGAAGACCUUAAUCAAGGUUUGGCUAUGAUGCAAGAUUGCGGUGUGUGUUUGCGGGCCCCAAUUGUGGGUGAUCAGAUAUCGGUGCUCCCUUCAUGCGGUCAUGCCAUGCACUCACAUUGCAUUGUUGGAAGCUUGUUGGAGAAGAGGGAGUGCCCUUUGUGCCAUUCUUUGGUGACGUUUGAUCCUAUGGCUGCUUAUGCAAAUUUUGAUCCAGCAGAUUAUGAAAUGUCUAAAACUUUGGCAUGAUUCAAUAGAGAUUAUGAAAUGUCUAAAACUUUUGGCAUGAUUUAGUUAAAAUCUAUUUUCAAUAUUUAUUUGCUUAUGAGUAAUGAUUUAAAAAUUUCA